CACAGCCAGAACCGGACCGACCAUGGCCUUGACUACACUCGCCGUAUUCUUCGUCCUGCUGGUGGCAGCCUCCGCCACCCAGCAGAACUGUCCCGCUGACACUCUGGCCGUAUACAGGGUGGUGCUCAACACGCACUGGACCAAGGAGCUCUUUCCGAAACAGUACCCGGAAUUCCGUCCGCCUGCACAGUGGUCCAGGCUUCUUGGCCGCAGCCACGAUGACUCGUUUCAACUGUUCUCCGAAGGCCGGCUGGCGAGUGCGGCGUUACGACAGUUCGCAGAAAUCGGCAAAUCUGAUCUUUUUGAGGCACAGAGGCAGGGCUUUGAUGGAAUAAUGGACACUUUUGGCGCCGAUGCCAUCACAACUGGAGAAGGAAGGACUUCCGCCAAGUUUUACCUGGACAGUAAUCAUUCAAAGGUUUCCCUUCUUGUUCGAAUGGUUCCGUCUCCGGACUGGUUUAUUGGAGUCAAUUCUAUUAAUUUAUGCAACUCUCACGGCAAAUGGGAUGACAGAAAGGAGUUGCAACUCACCUUGAUGGACGCUGGAACUGAUUCUGGAUUCACUUUCACGUCUCCUAACUGGAAAAGUGACCCUCCAAUGCCCAUCUCCAUAAUCACGUCAAAGUACCCUGACCAUCCCGCCAACUCCUUUUAUUACCCUGAGCUCGACCACCUUCCAGUCAUUGCCACUUUGCAGUUCAACAAAGUCCAAAUUUACAAUUUGAAGGAAGAGUUCAGCUUUGAUUUGGCACCCAGGGCAAACGGGGGCAAAAGAAUUUUUGAGGAAAAUCAAGAUGUCCUCAGCAACAAGCUUGAUGUUCACCCAAAAAUUUUGACAAGCGUCAGUUCUCAACACGUCCUCUCCGUUGGUUCUGAAGGGCCGAUUAGCGUCACGCAAACAAACCGUGAUAGGAGGGUGUCCAGGAACCAACUGAGAGCCCUCAGGAUGCGAAAAUUGAAGAAUAGGAGGAUGAAAAAGCAGCAGCAGCAGCAACAACAACAGCAGCGGCAACAAAGUCAACAAAGAAUGGGUAAAUUAGAGUUUGUGCCGGAAGCAGUGGCCAGACAGAGACAGAUUAGAAAUCGAACGGAUAAUGACAGGCCUCGCAAAGAUGAGCAUUGCGAGCUGUCUCAGUGGUCGUUGUGGUCCCCGUGCAGUGCGACCUGCGGCACUGGCACCGCCAUCCGAAGACGCACCGUUGUCAGAAAAGGGCGCCACUGCCCCGAACUUCUCGAGCAGAGUACCUGGUGCAGCGGUUACGGGGACUGCGCCGAGAAAUUCUUCAAAUGGUAAUCACCGAGAGCUGACUGAAAAAAUUACUCUUUUUGACGACAAAACUCGACUGCUGCCAACUGAUGUUUUAAUCAGCGUGUACAAUUUUGAUAGAUUUUGUAAUAUUUUAUAGCCACGUAGCGAAUUAACUAAAAUUUUCAAUGUAAAGUAAUUUUAAGGCAUUUACAAUAAAUUUUAAAAAUAUAUUUAUUAAGAAAAUCCUUUCUUGAAUGAAAUUUUUUUAUUAAAAUCAAGCGCCGAAUACCUUUAGCGCCUGCCAUUUAUACUUAAUACACGCCCGCCACACAGACAAAUGCUGCAGGUUG